AUGUCAGUACUGGAACGGCUGCGCGAGGUGUUUGACGACCGUGCUUUCGCUGAAGAAAGCGACGAAGACCGCGACAACAAUUUCCUCAUCCCAUGGCUCAAGAAACUCGAAAUCGUCGAAGCUGAGUUGACGUCCAAGUCAACUUCGCGAAUCGUUUAUCGCUUUCCUGUCCUGAGAGAAUACCUAAAUCCGACGAGGACGUUUCACGGAGGUGCUAUUUCGGCCAUCUUCGACGUGUGCACGACUUGGACUUUGUUCCCGAUCUCGGAUUAUGGGUUUUGGAGUACCAUGGGGACUACGAGGUCGUUGCAUUGUGUUUAUGUGAAGCCGGCGUUUGAGAAUGAUGUGGUUACUGUGGAGUGUCAGAUCGUGCAUGCGGGAAAGCGACUUUGUCUCUUGACAGGAAUCAUGAAGCGAGAAAAAGACGGCUCGGUGGUUGCAACUUGUGAGCAUAACAAGUACAAUAUCGACCUUGAUGAGUCCUCGAAGAUGUAG